ACACACACACACACACACACACACACACACUUACAAAAUGCAUGUAUAAACUUACCGCGCAUUUCUCCUUGUAUUUUUUGUUUCCUUUUAUUUAUUUUUUAUUUAUUUUUACUAAAACGGACAUUAGUGCCUAUUGCAAGAUAUCACUGCAAGAUAAGAGAUAAGUUGAUAGUAAUUAUCUCAUACUUGCACCGCUGUGUAUUCAUAUUCACUCAGCAUUAGACAUCAUCGGGGUGUUAUUUAAUCGAAGGGAGAAGGUUAUCGUCACGUGAUGGAAGUGCACGUGGCCCUGAUAACGGUUUUGGUGACGGUCUUCGUGACGGAACUUCUUGGAAACGGCGUCCAACGGAGGAGGGAAGCUCCCCCCGAGGGCGCCCCCCAGCCGGCCCGUCGCGUGUGCUACUACCAGGCAGGCUCUGUUAGCCGUCCAGGGGCGGCCAGCUUCAGGAUCGAGGAUAUUCCGGGCGAUCUCUGCACGCAUGUUCUGUAUGCGUUCAGCGUCCUCUCGGAAACCACGUGGGAAAUGGUUCCUAAGAACCCUAAGUUCGACCUCGAUCAACGUGGCUACGAGAGGUUUGUAGGAUUGAAGGAUAGAUUCCCUGGCCUGAGGACGGUCCUGUCUAUCGGAGGCUGGGGAGAUGAUGGGGGAAAGUACUCUCAGAUGAUCAGCAUCCCCGAGCGACGGCAGGCAUUUGUGUUGAGCGUCGUCGCCUUCCUCUCCUCGCACGGGUUCGACGGCCUGGACGUGGACUGGGAGUACCCCGGAGACUCGAACCGAGGGGGAAGUCCAGAUGAUUUCAAUAACUUUCCCUUGCUGCUGCAGCAACUCCGUGAAGCCUUCGAUGCCGAGGGUCGUGGCUGGGAGCUGACCAUAGCUGCCACCAGCACCAAGGACAAAGUACUCAAAGGUUACAACGUUCCUGAACUGUGCAGAACUCUGGAUGCCGUGUACCUGAUGACCUACAACCUACGAGGGCUGUGGAAUGACUAUGCAGACGUCCACUCCAUGUUGUACGCAAGACCCGGUCUCGACACAGGCAACAAAUUGGAGCUGAACGUUAAUGGCGGGGCGCUCUUAUGGGAGAACCUUGGCUGCCCUCGGAACAAGAUAGUGAUAGGCGUGCCCUUCUACGGAAAGUCAUAUACCCUCUGCAACUCCUCUAUAAACGGCCUCCAUGCCCCUAUCAAUGGCACGGGGCAGAAUGGACCUAUUCUCAAGAAAAAGGGUGUCCACAUGUAUUUCGAGACCUGCUACUUGGUCCAGAAUGCCGGCUGGGUGCGACAGUGGGAUGCUGAAGGCCUCGUGCCUUUCGCUUAUUCUGGUGAUCAAUGGGUAGGAUACGAGGACAUGGAAAGCCUUAAGAUCAAAAUGGACUACAUCCGGAACAUGGGCUUUCUUGGGGCCAUGGACUGGGCCAUUAACGAUGAUGACUUCCGUGACCUGUGUGGCUAUGGGCCCUAUCCUCUGAUGAGGACUAUUUAUGAAGGGCUGGAAAACUACACUGUCCCGAGUACUUAAGUGAACACCUCCAACCUUGUUAUGAGUUCACAGCAAGGAUUUAUAAUCGUACUUACUUAUUACAAUUAUAUUUUUUAGUUUUAUUCCAUUUGUUACAAUGGAUAUUCUUGGUAGGACAUACUGUUUGUUUUAUUUUGCUUCUAAAUUACCUCCUUGUGUGCAAGUAAUGGCUGGGGUUACCAUGUACUGGCGGUGCGGGAAUCGAACGCGGGUCAGCAAGUUUGCUAGAGAUCGCUACCGCUGCACCACACAGCACACAUUUAAUGGUAGAUAAUCAUAUUCAAGUUUCACCAAGUUUUCAAUAUAUCAUCUGUAUUCUUCUAUCGCUAACAAGGGCACGUGUGUUACUUGUAGAAGUGAAACUGACUCGUAACUGACGGUUAAAUAAUGUGAUUGAUGUUACAUAUGUUUGAUGUUUCUUGGUUGUAGCUUAGAUAUUUCAGUCACUGUUUACAAUAACUGCAUAUUGUUCAGUUCACUUGAUAUAUUUCAUUGUUCAUAUAGUUUCUACUGGUGUUUGGACAAUCAUACAAUGAUUUCUCAUGUUUUAAACUACUUAGUUUCAGAAAGCAAAGGACUACUACAAGAUGACAACAGGUAAUAAACUAAAUAAUAGGGUGUACCUGCAGAAAAAAAAUGUAUAACGCAAUUUAUCGGUUUCUCUUAUAUACCCAAAAUAUAACGUAUAUAUAAAGAAUAUAAAUACCCUUGAUAUAUCACUUGACUUACGCGCGGAAAGCAAAAGAUCAAACUAUCUAGUGUAAACUUUAUAAAGAAGGCAUGGUAACACUAUGCCCAUGUUCAUCCUUGUAGGUAUUAAAGGGCAAUGAUUCUUAACCCGGGAGGAAGAAGUAUAUUUAUUAUUCUCUUAAUAAGUGUGUGGGCUAAUACUGUUCAAACUUUAGCCCUGUAGAGUGUACUGAACUCUGUGGAAGGGUAGGAAUUUAUCUAAUAAUAUUUGUUUUCCCUCAACAAGUACAUAGACUAAUAUCGAGGUUAUGAGAAAAAAAAAAAAAAAAAAACAAGGCUUUUAUUAACUUUGGAAUUUUUAUGUGUGUUUUGGCUUCCCAUUUUCUGUACUCAUUGAACCCCCUCCCUAUCCUCUGAAACCCAUGGUUAAGGUGAGGUGGCGUGGGGGGAAGGGGGUGGUACUUGGAGAUUUAUUUAAAGAUGCUAGAGGGCGUGGCAUGGGAAAAAGGGGGCAUGGAGGUAAAGGGGUUAGUACCCACUGUGUUAGGGACUAUUUCCGUGUAAAGCCUUAAUAUAUAUGAUCAAGUAGCAAAGGCUAUAGUAUAUUAUUUAUUAUUUCAUACACCAGUCAUAUACAGUCGAACAUGCACUCAUUGAAACAUGAAAAAUAUAAAUGACAAAUGUAUUAAUUAAAGAUACCUGAAAAGAAAAUUAUUGCCACCUCUUCUGUGAUCGAUGAAUUCGUUGCACUGGAGACUUUUUCUCAAAAUUUAGAAGAAACGUUCAGAAUUCCCAGCAACAUGUUUCACGUUAUCGUUUGAAGGCAACUUUUCUAGUAGACAAAAUCCAACGAGUUGAAUGUUGGUCUGCUGACGUCACAGAUUUUUAAAGACGUUAAUUGGUUGGCGACUGUACUGUAUUACCAGGCAAGAUACAUUGUGAGAAAAAAUAUCUAAAAUCUCCUUUAUGUACUGACGCUCUGGUUCCUCUAUAAGCGCUGGCAAUCUUUCUGGUCAAGUCUGACUUCCAAUAAACUGCAAACCAUAAAA